UUUAGUUGUAAACACAAAAUUCUAUUUUUCUAUUUAAAAUUUUUAUUCUCAGUUAAACACUUUUAAUUCCUUAAAUUACUUGUUUUCAAGUUCAAAAUCGUCAAAGUGCUGUAAAGUUUGUUGAGGCCAGCUACGAAAUGAACCCGUGCCGUGCCAGCUCACCGAACAAAGUACGCUCCUUCCUAAAGGUGACCUCGUUGGGAGUAGCCGCCUUCAGCACCUUCUGUCUGUGCAAAGGAAAUGAGAAAUUCUACGAAACUGUCUUCAUGCCAGCCGUCAGGUUGAUCCCACCGGAAACGGCCCACCAGCUAGCAGUGCUGGGUAUCGGCCUAGGGGUGGUUCGGCCCAACUAUCGAGACCCGGAAACGCUUCGCACCAAGCUGCUCAACAUGACCCUAAGCAAUCCGAUUGGAAUCGCUGCUGGGUUCGAUAAGCAUGGCGAAGCUGUGAACGGUUUGCACAAAAUAGGCUUUGGCUUUGUGGAGAUCGGAUCCGUGACUCCUGAACCUCAACCGGGUAACGACCGACCGCGGGUUUUUCGGCUCAACGAAGAUAAAGCCAUCGUCAAUCGAUAUGGCUUCAAUAGCGAGGGACAUCAAGCUGUUUUCGAGCGACUACAAAAGGUUCAACAAGCGAAUGGGGAGUCCAAAGUGACCUUAGGUAUAAAUUUGGGUAAAAAUAAACUCUCAGAUGACGCUGUUGGAGAUUAUACAGAAGGUAUUAAAAGGUUCAGCAAAAUCGCUGAUUAUCUGGUGAUAAACAUAAGUAGUCCCAAUACACCUGGCUUGCGAUCAAUGCAGAACAAAAGCACCCUGCAGAUACUGUUGAGUGAAGUUCUGAAAGCUCGAAAUAUGUUACCGGAAUCCGAAAGGAAACCAAUUCUCGUUAAACUGGCACCAGAUCUGUCAGACGAAGAUUUGCAGGAAGUCGUGUCUGUCAUUAAGCGAAAAGAUUGUGCAAUCGAUGGUUUGAUUGUAUCCAACACCACUAUCGAAAGACCACCGAGUCUGAAAAGUAUAAACGCGGGUCAGCUGGGUGGUUUGAGUGGAGCACCCUUGAAGGAACGAUCGACGGAGUUGAUUGCAAAGGUAUACAAAUGGACCGGAGGCAAAAUCCCGAUCAUAGGCGUGGGAGGUGUUUCCAAUGGACAGGAUGCUUACGAGAAAAUUUCGGCCGGUGCCAGUGCCAUUCAGCUUUAUACGGCUUUGAUAUUUCACGGUCCUCCCGUUGUGACACGCGUGAAACAGGAGCUGGCACAAAUUUUGCAAGAGAAAGGUUUUGAAAGUAUUGAACAAGCCGUUGGAAAAGAUGCUGAUAGAUUUGUUUAGAAAAAUAAAUGUAAAAGUUAUGUAAA